AUGGAAAAUGCAUCGCACAAUAAUCGUGAACAAUCAACAUCAUUAGUUGAGAUACGUCUGCAAGAAUUUGGUACUCAAUUAGAUAAUUUUUUUAAAAAUUCUGAUCAAUCAUCUGAAAUCUUAAGUGCACUUUUUGAACAAUAUUGUCCAUCGUCAUCAAUAUAUGAAUCAAUUAUACAUGUUUAUUCAAAUUCAUUAAACAAACCAAAAAUAAAUAAAUUAUUAGAUAAAACAAUUGAAUAUUUACAUUUAAAUAAUGAUGAAAAUCUUCUUAAAAAUCCAUAUUAUUUAAAAGCAAUAAAAUUCAAUGAACAAACAGAACAAUGUAAUUUAUUACACAAUGCUAUUAUGAAAAAUUAUGAAAAUAUUUUUCAAUUAUUACUCAAAUCUGGUUUCAAUCCAAAUAGUUUAUUAUCUGAUCAUAAAACACCUUUAUCAGUAUGUGUUGUGAUGAAUAUUAUUGAUCCAAGAAAACGUUUGAAAUAUAUUCAAUUAUUAAUUGCACAUGGAGCAAAUCCAAUCAUACGAGAUGUUAAUAAUUGUUCACCAUUCAGACGUCUAUGUGGAAUGGGUAGGUUUAUUUUUCAAAGAUUGAAUAUGCAAAUACUUAUCUAA